UUGCGUUGCAAAAAUCAGUGACAACACAUUUUUGUUAGCUUUGAAAAUUACUUCAGUAUUAUUCAUAGAUUCCACAGAUGCUGACAGAGUAUUAUCAUCUUUUUUCUUUGGCGGGACGAGAGCAACUUCCACAGGACUUGAUUUGGAGUGAACUCUGCACACCUCACUGAUCUGCACACCUCACUGAUCUGCACACUUCACUGAUCUGCUCACUUCACUGAUCUGCACACUGGUAUUUGGUUAAAAUGUAUUAAAAAUGUAAAGAUACAGUAGUUACAAUAAACCUUUGCUGAGUUGAUUAAUCAAAAAAAUAUUUCUUGCUGCUCAUCCUUAAUAUUUAGCUGCAGACCUUGAAGUGAGUGAUUUUCCUAAAAAUCAUUUAACUCCUGCCAAGUUGUUUUUCUCGCAGAUGUUUGAACCUCUUUAAACCGCUUCCCUCCCCACUGUGCCAGACGUGUCAAGAACUGACCGAGUCAUGUUCUGGAGAGAUCUGGGCUAAAAUACAGUUACCUUGUGUUUACAGUUACCUUUUUUGUGUUUAAAUAUUUUUUCACAAUGUAAUACAAAACAAUGACACACAAAACAAAGAAAGCAACAACCCCCAUUCCCCACACCCACCCCUGCUGUUACCAGAGUAAAGUACAGAUUACUUGCACUGAGAUUUCCAAAAACAAAUCCAUGUUUACAAAGAUAUCUAAGAAAAUAUAUAAUGAGCCAGGUGUUACUGACUUGUCAAAAAAUAAAUAAAUAAAUAAGAUUUAAACACCUUAAAAAACUUUUGCUCAUAACUAAACAAGGUGUAUCUGACUUUCUCAAACCUAAAAUUAGACAGUUCCUCUCUGAUCCAGGGUUUUUCCGUGUGAAAAGAAUAAGGAGACGACCCAGUAAAGUGCUAAAUCUCAAACACACAUGACUUUAAAGUGAAGCGGUGGUUCCGGUGCGUGGCAGUGUGUGACAGUUUCAUGGAGACAGUGUGGUGACAACAGUGAAGUCAAUAAGAAGCUUACAGGCAUUCUGCCAGAUUGGGCUUUUCUCUUCUAAUCCCAGAGAUUAGCAGUGCACAGGGCCACUGGCUGCCAGUGCUGCGGUGUGCUGCACACUUUCUUUCCGAUGAUCAUUACAAUCUCAGGAGUGAAAUAUGGGACAGUGAAGAGGUCAAAGGGCAAGGAGGUCUCAUCACAACAACUGAAAGCUGCAUUCUCAUACGCAACAUGGAUGCCUACAUUUGCCUGGAGUAGUUCAGUGUUGUAUAUCUGCUGUGCAUAUGUUUCCUGGAUUAACAUGGACGCAGAGACAGACCUCACGUUUGAGUCAGUUGAGUUGCCAGGAGAAACUUGUGAUCUUUCCAUCAGAGACACAGAGCCUUUAUGUUCUGAGGAAAACAAGCAGCUGAGCCAAAGCAGCGAGCCGGAGCAGAGAGAGGACUGCUCCGAGCACAGCUGCACCACAGAAGUAUGGAGGGGACAACGGAGAAUGAGGAAGACCAACAGUUUCAAGAUGGUGCGCUUCCAGGAGCCUUCCGAAGAAGAGUCUGUGUCCGAGAGAGACAGCACCACAGAGACUCUGUUUCCACUGCAUGUGGUGGAUGAGUGGACGACCAGCCGCUUUGAGGAGCUCUUUAUGUCUGAGGAAUGGCACGACAUAACAGAAGACCGGCUCUUGAGGAAGAAGAUUCUAGAGCCCGGAUGCCCUCCCUGUCCCAGCUGGGGUGAAGAGGUCACCGUCAGGAUGCAGGCUGUGCUGGAGGACCGCACUGUGGUGGAGAAAGACACUAAACUGGUGUUUGUGAUCGGAGAGGGAGACGUGAACCAGGCUCUGGAGGAGUGUGUCCUCUCAAUGCAAACGGGUGAGAUCGCAUUACUGCUGGCAGAUUCACAGUACGCCUAUGGACUUCUUGGAAGACAGCCUGACAUCCCGGCCUGGGCCCCUCUCCUGUACCAGCUGCAGCUCUGCGAUGUCCGACAGAAAGCAGACCCCCAGACGCUGCCGAUAGCUGAGCUCAUACGAAUCGGCAACCACAAACGGGAGCGCGGAAACUUCUACUUCCAGAGAGAGGAGUACAACCGUGCAGCCAGAGCUUACUGCAUGGGUCUAGAGGUGCUCACCACAAAGUGUACAGAUGCAGCUGUAGCUGAGGCGGAGGAGGACGAGAUCAGGGACUAUCGGCUCAAAUGUCUCAACAAUCUGGCCAUGGCACAGCUCAAACUGGAGCAGAAUGAAGAGGCCCUGAAAACCUGUGGAGAGGCGCUGCAGCUGGACCCCCACAAUGUCAAAGCCCUGUUCAGGAGUGGAAAGCUCCUCUCAGAUAAAGGCCAAUAUAAAGAGGCCAUGGAGCUACUGAAAAGGGCCCUGAAACUAGAGCCAUCUACCAAGGCAAUCCACGCAGAACUCUCUAAACUUGUGAAGCGACAAUCAGGAGGCCAAGACCCCAAACCAGUCAAAGCUCCAUACACCCUGGGAGAAGGAAAGACUCCGUUUUUGUUCUCAAAGAAGACACAAUCAUCGGGACUUUCCUGGAAGCUUUUACUUGGGGCUCUGGUGGUGGCACUGGCGAGUUUAGUCAUAUCUGUGAUACUGACUGCAUGCAACUGAGCACACAGCUGCAAGAUGUAAUCACCUACCACUGUUUAACUGAACUUGUGGAUAUGUCAGAUGAAAAUCUGCACAUUUCUAACCUGGACACUGCACUGAUCAGAGGAACACAUCGCACUGUGGACAGAUUUAAACCCCAGAAGACAACAUAUGAUACUUAAUAGGCUUUUUUUUUUAUUUAAUGUAAACUCUUAGUUAUUUUAUGAACAGAUUGU